AUGCAGCACCUCCAAGCAACACCGAUCGCCGUCAGCCGUGUCUACUCCCACGAUGCACGCCAGUGGCUCGACAUCAGUGGCCUCCGACCACCACAGCGGCCACUGUUUCCUUAUCAACCACAAUAUGGCAUGCUACAGCCUUUUGCUGCACCUAUGAUGCAGUAUCAACAACUGCCCUACCAGCAGUACGUUCCGCAGCUGCAGAUGCAGCAAAUACAACAACCACAACCACAACAGCAGCUACAGCAACAGCAACAGCAACAGCAGCUACAGCAACAGCAACAGCAACAGCAGCAACAACAAAUCUUCUCGGGGACGAAGAGGAAUCACCUUGGGAAGUCAAACUCCCACGAGGAGCAACCCCCCGCCCCCAAAAAACUCCGUCUCUCCUCUCCCUCCACUUCCUCCGCCACAACCACCACCACCAUCACCCCCGCAAAACGCGGCCCAGGCCGCCCCACAAACGCCUCCAAGGGCCUCCCUACAAAGCGGCCGCCAAGGAAGUCCAAAUCCAAAACCGCUUCCCCUACCAUCACCGGGCAAAACCAAGCACAGCCCCUCCCCACCUCAUAUCCCGCAUCACAGCCAGUACCCUUCCACCCCGCGUUCCAACCCCCUUUCGCGGACCUCGUUCCAGCGCCGGUAGUAAUGACGCCGGCGCUGGAGCGGGAGAUUGACGCGGGCGUUCGUGCGCAAAUGGCUUCGUUGGAGAUGGAAGCGGAGGGGGGGUUGUUUAAGGGGUUUAUUGAAGGGGAUGAAGUGGCGCCGGUGGAAGUGGUGCCGGUGGUUGAGGAGAAGUCGUUGUGGGAUGAUUUUUUAGUGCAGGGGGAAGAAGAAGGGGAGAAUGAUGAAGAUGCCCUUGCGAGGGCGAUAUUUGAUGGUUUGGCAAAUAUGGGGGGUCAGGAAGAGGAGGAGGCGCAGGUCGCCGAAGAGGCACCAGAGGUGCAGGAGGAUAAGGAGGAUGAGAAGGAUUCAUUGUUUGGGGAUGAUCCUGAAGACACUGGCGCUGGCGCUGGCACCAACAACGACGAUGACGACAGGGAUUCUUGGUUUGGAGAUACAGCGGACUUGUUCGAGUAA